GGGCCUUUGUUGGGUGUUGUGGAAAAGAUUUGGGCCUCUGAAUUCUUAUAGGAAUUUGCUGGCAAUCAGUCAAUCUCCAGGUUUAUGGGGCUGUGUCCCACACCCAUCAAUUAAUGUGCCAUGAAUGCACUUACUUACCCCAGUUUAAUAACUGUCCCGGGGGUGAGAGAGAGAGAUAUAAAAGAGUUAACGUCGUAGAAUUUAAUUAUGGGAGUGGGAGGAAGGUGGCAUAGCAUAGCGCGGGACUUAAAAGUGAAAGCCAAUCUGAAAAGAAAAAGGCCAUAAAAGUUGAGUUGAUAGAAACAAGAUAUGGAUCAAAGAGAAACAGUAAAGUAGGCAUUGCUUGAUAAUAAAUAUAUUAAGGCAUGAGCAGGAGCAGUCAGUCUAACAAGGAAAUGAAAAAUGGAAAUGGCUUCUCAAAGACGACAAGCAGUUUUCCGCUUCAUUCUAAUUACUUUUGGUUUACCACUAGUUUUGUUAAUUAUGUGUCAAGCUGAUCUUGCGGCGUCGUCGUCUAGUAUGGACGUAUCUCUUCAUUUCUCCAAGAUUUCAUCAUCAGAAGAUAUUGAUUCAGAAAACCGGGUUAAUUUGUCGGUGUACUAUGAAUCCCUGUGCCCCUACUGUGCAAACUUCAUUGUGAAUCAUCUGGUGAACAUUUUCCACACAGAUCUCCUCAACAUUGUCAAUCUCAGGCUUGUCCCUUGGGGCAACACUCAAAUUCGCUCUAAUGAUUCCUGGAUUUGCCAGCAUGGCGUAGACGAGUGCGAAUUGGAUGUUACAGAAGCUUGUGCCAUAAAUGCGUGGCCUAGAGUGGAGGCACACUUUAAGUUCAUAUAUUGCGUGGAGCGACUGCAUCUGAUGAAUAGACACGCGGAGUGGCCAUCUUGUUAUGCUGCAAACGGGUUGGAUCCUCAGCCCAUUGAGGAUUGCUACAAUAAUGGGCUAGGUUAUCAGCUUGAGAAAGCAUAUGCUGAUGAAACUGCUACUCUCAAUCCUCAACACAGAUUUGUGCCAUGGGUAGUUGUGGACAAUUUUCCUCUUCAAGAAGAUUUUGAGAAUUUUAUAGGCUACAUCUGCAAAGCUUACAGAGGAGACAACAUACCUAAUGCUUGCAAAUCAACUUCAUUUGAGAUCAACUCAUUUGCAGUAGCAACUUGGACACCUCAAGUGUGUGCUCGGCUUGACGUUAUAGACAGAGGCAGAAGACAGCAGCGUUACAAGUUUAACCAACAUUUUGACAAUGGAAGAAACGCAGAAAUAUUUUACAUUCCGUAGAAUGUGCUUCAGUAGUGUAUUGUGUGCUUACUGUCAUAAAACAGAUUCCAUGAUGUAACAUUCAUAUUACUGGUAAUUAUAUAUAUGAAAAUGAAGUACAAUAA